ACCAUGAGCUUCACUGGAAAGUACGAACUCCAGUCCCAGGAAAAUUUUGAGCCUUUUAUGAAAGCCCUUGGACUUCCCGAUGACCAGAUCCAGAAAGGCAAGGACAUCAAGAGCAUCUCGGAAAUCGUGCAGGAUGGGAAAAAAUUCAAGAUUACUGUGACCACUGGCUCCAAAGUGCUGCACAACGAGUUCACCGUCGGGGAGGAGUGCGACAUAGAGAUGCUGACAGGAGAGAAAGUCAAGACUGUUGUUCAGCUGGAAGGUAACAAACUGAUCACAAAUGUGAAAGGGCUGAAAUCCGUCACUGAACUCAACGGAGACACCAUCACCCAUGUGAUGACCCUGGGAGACCUCACCUUCAAGAGAAUCAGCAAGAGAAUCUAG